GGUGUUUCGUCAGAGCUGAGCUUUUUCUAUUUCUAGCGAUGCCCAUCUCGAAGAAGAUCGAAAAUACAGUCCGCUGGCCGUUAUUAUUCAGUGGCGUGAAAGGAUCGGCUGAAGCAACAAGACAUUUAUCAGAAAUUAUUUGUUUAUUUGUCUGUUGUACCAUUUAAUUCGCAAAAAUGUUGAAGCAACAUCUUGACAUGAUUGGUAGAAAUGAACCCAUCCAGAGGAAAGCAAAAUUCUGGCAAUCAUAUGUCAGAGCAUUGAAAGGAUCUGAUGACAUGAGGGCCCCGGAAAUUACACAUUAUCACACACCUGGAAGAGGCAUAUUCCGGCCGAUCCUGAGCGUUGACUAUCCAACAUGGCCAAGCUACAAGUCCAUCUACGAUGAUCCAAUCAAUCCAAAUGAAAGAAUCAACGUUCCCGGCUACCGUUAUCUGCCCAUCUCACGUGACACAUACGGAAUUUCUCCCAGAAACAUUUACCCACACAACUAUCAUUCGGAUCGCUAUCCCAGAUACGAUCCAUACCAUUCUGAGCCUUUUAAAGCUUUAAAAGAUUGGAAUGAUCAUUUGGACCGAAUGAAUGCUUUGAAUAAAAUAUUCCCAGGGGAGCAUCCAGCUUACUAUGAACCCAAAAAACCUCUACCUCUGCCCGACAGACGUGCCAAGUCCUUACCGCCACCGCCAGUCCAAGGUUACAGCUAUUCAGGAUUACCAAUUUUCUCAACGGGUGGUAUCAAAAGACGGCCUUUAUCAGAAUUAUUUGAACCCAGUGUAUAUACUCCCAGAUCUAGAUAUGUCAGAGACCCAUGGUGGUGGGAGUAUCCCCAUUUGAAACCUUACACUCCACCAACUGGUACUUCCCCACCUAAGUCAUACUUAAGAGAUAGCUAUUUAUCACCAGUUAAGAGAACAUAUUUGUGGGGACAUCAUCCAAUUAGGCCUUACACUUAUAGUCAUUAUUAUUGAUUGAACAAAGUUAAAAAGACAACAAAUUAACAUCUCAAAGAAACUAAAUUGUAUAAAAAAAGUCAACAUCUUGGUACUACUAUUAAGAGUAUUAUUGAGGAUAGAAAAAAACAAGUUGCUGGCAUUAAAUCUUAACUUAUUUAUUAAUAAACUAUUUAUCCAGAUUUAUAUUACUUAAAUAAAUACUGUAAAUAGUUAACAUAUCUGGACAUGAAAAAACAAAUUUUGUAAUAAAAAAUCUACACACAUAAUUACCGAUGUCAAUCAUUUACUAGAUAGAAAUAAAUUAUAAAUUUAA